AAUGACAUUGGAUGAUGCUACUACAAUAAUCUAUUUUAGUUUGAUGAUUGGAUCUAAUGAGCCAAAACAUCUUGGGGAAAUUGAGACAGCUUCAUGCUGAUUUGUGGCCAUUUCUUAGUGUAAGUGCUUUUCACACUAAUGUUCCUAAACUUGAAAGGUGUAGUAAUCCACGCGUGUGAAUAAAACAUUCUUUAUUAGCAAAUACAGCUUUUAAACACACGCGCGUUAAGUGAGCUCAAACAAAGUCCCUCUUGCUGUAGGAAACACCUGUUGGCUGAUGAUGUUCUUCACCCCCAACUCCCGCCAAACUCAGUCACGUGACCGUCCCAGCUCCACCGACAAGGGUUCAAUCUAUAAGUGGCUCAACCACUAGGUGGCGCCACUUGACACACCCCCCCCCCCCGAACCAGAGGAAUUAAAACGAGCAGGCAGACGAAUGAGGCGGCAUGACCUUGUACACACAUCACCCUUGCUCGGGGACACAACUGGCAAAGACGAGGGCGGAAGCGGGCGGGACGACGGAUGCCCCCGAUGGCGAGGCUGGGCCACCUGCACUGGCUGACUAAUGUCCAAAUGAGCCAGCUCGAGGCGAGCCACCGACACAGUCUCUUGCCUGCCCCCCAUGACGAGCACAAAAGUCAAGGUUCGGUGCCGCAGCACCCAGAAAGGACCUUGAUACGGUCGUUGCAGUGGUGUCCGGGUUUGGAGUGUUUACAUUCACUGGAAAAAUUAAACUUGUAUUAUAACAAUGUGCCAUCUUCGAAAGAAAUUUCCAGUUUGCGACACCUAAUCAAUUUAAAAGAGCUCGAUUUACGGCUAAAUCCAAUUACCAGGAAUGAAGAGAAUUAUAGACAGUAUGUAAUACACCUGUUGCCAAACUUGAAGAAAUUGGAUGACAGACCCGUUCGGGAUAGUGAGCGAAAAAGUGCCCAAAUUCACUUCAUUUCACAAGAGCAAAAUGGGACAUCAGAACUAGAUAAAGCAGAUGAGAGUGACCAUAUAAAGAAGAACACGUAUGAUAAAGGUGAUCAGGAUUCCAUGAAUCCAUCAAUGAAGUAUAAGUGGGAUGCUGCAUCAAACAUUAAAACUGAUUUGAAGGAAAGAUGGGCACCUCAUGACUUUCAGAUGAUGAAUGAGCAUCGAGAAUCUGCUUGCAGUCGGCCUCCAUUAUCAGCUCUUUAUUCUACAAGGGAUGUCAAGGACACCAGAGAAAAUGACGUGUCUAGCAAGAUGAGUUUAGACCCUAUGGAAUCAGAACAUUUGAGAAGUGGACAGCAUCACGGUUACCUCAGUGAAGAUGAUUACAGAACUUAUCAGACACCAGGCCGAUCCUCUUUGCGUUCUAUUGGGAAGAAUGUUUGUAAUCGUCCAAGGGAAGGAUUCAGAGUAACAUUUUCAGAUAAAAUAUUGGAUUUGUGUACAGAUGAGAAGAAUUGCCAGAAAAAUUCUAUUAAUUCAGAAUAUGACCAUUCUUCAAGCUAUAGCAAAAAGGAAAGAAAUGUUAUGGAUUACACAGAUCCUACUGUAAUGAAAGAUACUUCUUCAAACUUUGAAACGAGUAGUAUAUUACCGCGUGACUAUCACAAACAAUCAUAUGCAGAUACAAAGACGUAUCAGUCCACUUUGGAGUCUCAGAAUUCGUACUUAAACCAUCAGACGGACAGAGCAAAUAUUGGAAUGAGUAGUGACAGAUUAUUUAAAUUGAAUUCAGACUUGAAAACGAGUAGCGCGUAUGGAAGCAGUAAAAGUACCCUAAUAGAUGAUAGUGCCAGCAGUCACAGAUCAAGAAUGCCUUCUAUUAGCCUGAUGCCACAUCAUGGAACUUCAUCUUCUGACCACCUAGUUGAUCGACAAAAUUUAAUAUCACCCAGCAGUUCUCUUACAUCCCUUUAUUCCGUUGGCUCAAAGAGAGGCUUUACUGAGCAAAUGAAUACGGAACUUAUGGCCAGUAAAAGCUCAGAAAGACAAUCUCAACUAACUACAGCCAAUAUGGAAAACUUUGAGUCAAAAUUAGAUGCAAAGAAAACAAGCAGUUUAAAUUCAUUGUUGUACAACCCACCGAGUUAUGAUAGAAAGGGAACUCUGGAUAAAUUGCUCGAAGUAGAUGAGUGUGGUGAUUAUCGUCCUCGAACUCCAGUAGGGCUGGGUUCUAAUAUCUCUGUGACUGCUUCCUCCCUCUUGCAUAACUUACUUGAUCUGGUGGACCGAUACUGGAAUGGUUCAAGAUCCCUUCACACAAAUCAGAGGUUUCUUAGUCCUGCUCAUGAACUACUAUCUAAUGUGCUGAACUCGAUGUCCAUUUCAAAAAUUCAAAGCCUAGAAAAAAAGGUUAAAGCAUUAGCUGAAGAGAACAAAUCUUUGCUAACCAGAACAGGCUCUGGUCUAGACACAGCAGAGUUAUAUCGUGUAAAACAACAAUUGACUCAGAAACAAGAUGAUUUGGAAUCAUUAAAAGGAAGGUUAGCAAAAGUACAGGAUGAAAACAAUAAGCUACGCUCUCAGUUAACAAGCUUGGAACUUGUGAAUUGUGCUGGAAAUCAACUACAGAACAAGGAUCUGCAGAAAGACAAUGAAAGACUAAAUUUGGAGGUGGAAUAUUUGAAUCAGCAAAUUAAACAAUACAACAAACUACAGGAAACUGUCACGAUGUUGCAAGAGAGUCAUAGGUCUCUAAUAUCCACCAAUAAUUACUUACAAGAGCAGCUGAACAUAAGUCCUGUAGGCCAAAGGACAGACAUGUCACAUCAUCUUGGUUCUCAUCGGACAAAAACGUGGAGCAAACUGUCUACCUCAGGAAUCUCAGAACUACCCUUAUCCAAAUGUAGUCAUCACAGUAAUACAGAUAUACUGUAAUAAAAGUGCUGUAUAUUACAGUAAAUCAAAAAUGACUAAUUCUAAUUAAAUUAGUGCCUUUUGGAAAUUGUACAAUGGCUAAUAUUAAGUUAUUUUUAGUCCAAGAAUCUCUUAUUUAGUCAAAAAUUUGAGUUGGUCUGCAAUAAAUAUGUUGUAUUAAUACUGGACCACUGGGAAUAAGUACUUUGUAUUGUUAAAUAGAAGAUUAACAUGGAAUUCAUUUGUCUUGGGGAUGGGACGCGUGUUAAAAAAUCUAUUUUUUUAGUCAGAUGUAUCAUGUGUGAGUUUUGCAAUAAUCCUGAUAUUUGUAUUUACAUCUGAAUUUAUUUUCAUGCAUAAUAGUUGCUUAAUGUUUUUAACUGCAACAAAUUAGAGAAAAAACAUUUUAUUAGUCAGCCAAAUAGUUAUUUUUUACUUAUUUAAUGGCCUGACAUUAAAUUAAUUUGAUUUAAUGAUGCUUACAAACCAAACCCUCAGCCCUAUAUGCAAAUUGUUUGUGAUGGGUGAGAAAUUGGCAACUCACUUCCAUAGUUGUUUCUGUCUGGUUUGCUAAAAUAGACACAUUUAAGUGCACAUGAAUAAAUCUAGUUACCAAUUAUGUCUACCAUAUGAUAUAAAGAAGUAAUAUUUACAUCUAAUUGUACUCCAAAUAGUACAAUAGUAUCCUAAAUUGUCUAUACAGUUAAAAAUAAUAUUCAUAUAGUUGAAAACAUGCAACUAAUGACAACUGAGGGGAAUCAAAAGAUGGAAUCAGUAGAUAGGCCAGUCAGGAUCAUCACCUGAAUCAUUGACACUUCCUACUUUCCAACAGUGCUGCCCAAUCAUUUUAGAUUUACACCAUCUGAGAAAAGAAUUGAAGCAUAAAACUGCAGAAGCUGAAAAUCCAAAAUAAAAAAUAUAGAAAUGCCCAAUAAGAGAAAUAACAAAUAUAGGAAAAGUUUAGCAGGGGUCACAAUAUCUGUGGGGAGAGAAACAGAGUUAAUGCUUUAAGGAAAUUAAUUUUCUUCAGUUCUAAAAAGUCACAGAACUGAAAUUUCUAAACACCUGUUUUCACUUUUUUAUUAUGGGGUAUUGUGUGUAGAUUGAUGAUUUAAAAAAAAAUAAUUUAAUCCAUUUUAGAAUAAGGCUGUAACGUAACAAAAUGUGGAAAAAAUGAAAAGGUCUGAAUGCACUGUAUGUGAUAUCACACAGGGUUCAUUCUGGGACCAUUAAUUUGCUGAUUAAAUUAAACAGAUUUAAUGAUUGGAAAAAGAUCUAAAAGUAAUGUGGAAAAUGUAGUACUAAAUUUUUGUGGAACUAGAUUGUGUAAACUGAAAAUUAGAUGGAACCAGAUUCAGUAGUUCCUUGCAAAAAGGAAUUGGAUAAAUACUUUUAACUCUGAAAAUUAUUAGGUCUACUGGGGGAUGAAGAAGUGGAUUUAGUUGAGUGGUCUUGCACUUAAUUAACUCCUUCGUGUUGUAUCAUUCUUGUGUGAAAACUGCAGAAACUACGGUAAUGUUUAAAAAAAUCGAAUCUAGUACGAGGCAUCUUGGUUAUCAUGGACGCAUUGGGCCAAAGGGCAUGUUUACAUACUGUAUUACUCUAAUCCCUGAUUGCACUGCACAGGAAAAGUGCCUUCAUUUGUCAUUUUUUAUCUUUUUGUGCCUGUCCUUAUUUUAUAGUUACACAAGAAUUUAGCUGAAUACCUUGCUUUUACUGCUGACCAUACUGCUUCAGGUAAUAAUGUAAUAAUAGAGCAUCCCAUCUCACUAGGCAGUCCACUUUUUAUUUCCUCAUCCUUCAAAUAAAAGGUGUUCUACAAUGUUUAUACUGAUCCUGACAGCAAAUUUAUUUUUCAAAAUUAAUGUUUAAACAGAUGAGUGCUUUCAGGUUAAACUUCUAGUUACUUGCCCCAUGCUCAAGAAUUGUAACUUUUGCUCUAUAGUACCUUUUUUGUGAUUUGCAUGUUUUGGGGAUUUUUUUUGGUGGUAAGGGUAGAUCUGCUUUGUAGUCAAUGUGAAUUGAAUUAUUGUAUUCAUUAGCACGGAGAAAUAGCUGAAUCAGCAUCAAGCACUUAAAGCUCAAGUGGAUCGUGCUCGGCUGUAGAGUAAUGAGUCUUCUGUUUUGAGUGCGCCACCUCAAAUAUUUUUGUAGUAUGACAUGUUCCCCAGCAUUCAUUUAGCAAAAGAAUGAACCAAGUGCCCUUUUUUCCCCAAUGAAGGGCCCCAGGAAAUAACCAAGACUACCAUACGCUCUAGGUUCCUUUAAUUCAAUCCCUUUACACUCAGUGACAAUAUCAUUGUUACACCUGUAUGUUUCAAUAGCCCGGGAGUCUCCAAUGAGCUUCAAUUUAGUUAGCAUAAAUACUGUGGCUAUAAAAUUAAUUUUACACAAAUGAUGUUUUGUGACAGUUUUAAAAUGUUUGAACAGGACAAAUUAAAUAUCAGAAUGUUUAAAUAUGAAAUGUAAUGUUUUAUGCACUUUUCUGUAAGAGAUAAAUGUAAUUUAUGCAAAUUUCUCAAGCAUAAUUUUGAAACACAAUUUAUUAAGAUUGCCAUGCUUAUGAAAUCAAAUUGUGAUAGAUUAAUAUAUUUUACAAAAUAAAAAAAUAUUUUCCUUAACAUUUGUUUCUAUUUGGAUCUGUCUUGUGCUCCACAAACCUUUUUUUGGUGUUGUUAAACCUCUUUUAAUAGCAAAAGAACUAUGGUUGCCUUUUUUAAAAAGCAUUAAUUUCUCAAUAGUAUUUCCUGGGACCAGCAAGGAAGCUGCCAAUUUUAGGUUCAUAAUAGAAUGAACUAAAUUUAAAUUAACAGCAUGUGUUGCAUCUAUUAGGGUUCACUGUGGGGUUCCUGGGCAAGCAAGAGUUGGUUGAAUUUUAUGCUUGAGAAAGACUGAAAGGAGAUAGAGACGCGUUGUAAAUUGGGCAAGUCUAUAAAUUGGUAAAAUCACAACAAAAUCAGAUCACAGAAAGUCUCUCAUGUCAUUGGGAACACAGUUGAGCCAAAAGAACAUUUUUCCAGGAAGCCUGUACUAGAAUGAAAUUGACAAGAGGUAUUUUGAGAUAAAAAAAUCUUCAGGUUGCAUACACCAUUGUAAAAUCUACUGGGUUUUACAAUAAAGUAUUUGACACUCCAUAAGUUCAAAAUAUUUCAUGAAUGUUGUGACUCUUAAUUGUCACUAUUAAGUAAUUUUAACUUUAUGCCAUGGUUGUAUUAAGUUUGUAAAAUUAUUUUCAAAUCUAAAAUAUCUGUUAUUACUGCAGAAUAAAUUGCAUUUGGUUUGUAACAUUAAAG